CUUGGAAUAACCCAAUUUUAAGGGUUUCAUUUUCAGUUUCCUCCCCAGCUCUUAUGCCGAUUUCGAUUUCCCUUCCCUCGGCCUUCGACACUCGACAGCGUCCUCUGCACCGUUGUUUGCUAUUUUGCUCCCUUACCGUCGAUCUCCCUCCAGUCCGUCGAUAUCCCUCACGACGUCUCUCUCAUCCAGUCGGUCGAUUUCUAGUGACACUGCGUACUAACUCCAAAGGGCCUCAACCUUAGAUACUCUUCAGUGUGAGGCAGGCAAAAUUGUAAAUCCAAUGUAAAAGAAGUUUAUGUGUUGGUGGCUGUUUUAUGAAUUUGGUUUGAUUUACGUCAACAGAAAAUGAUUAAUCUUUUCUUGAGCGGCAACUCUUCCUGAGUCAUGCCUGCUAUAAAAAAGAAUUCUGAAUGCAGUCGGAUUGGGAAUGUUUUCCACAAGUUGAUGAGGCAGAUUGGGAAUCCAGUUGAUUUUGAACUUCCUGAUUGGUUUAGCAAAUGGAAGCCUAUGCCAUAUACCUUCAUUAGGCGCAAUGUCUACCUCACAAAGAAAUUUAAAAGAAGGGUUGAGGAUGAUGGGAUAUUUUGCUCCUGUAGUCCUACACCGGGGUCUCCAGGUGUCUGCGACAAAGAUUGCCAUUGUGGGAUGCUGCUGUCUAGCUGUUCUUCAGGCUGCAAGUGUGGGAUUUCAUGUCUCAACAAACCAUUUCAGCACCGGCCUGUGAAGAAGAUGAAACUGGUCGAGACUGAGAAAUGCGGUUCGGGGAUUGUAGCUGAUGAGGAUAUCAAACAAGGAGAGUUUGUAAUUGAAUAUGUUGGAGAAGUAAUUGAUGAUAAAACAUGUGAAGAAAGGCUAUGGAACAUGAAGCAUCGUGGGGAGACAAACUUCUAUCUGUGUGAGAUCAAUCGAGAUAUGGUAAUUGAUGCCACGUACAAGGGAAAUAAGUCGAGAUAUAUAAAUCAUAGUUGUUGUCCCAAUACUGAGAUGCAGAAAUGGAUUAUAGAUGGAGAAACAAGAAUUGGCAUAUUUGCAACUCAAGACAUACAGAAGGGCGAGCAUCUAACUUACGAUUAUCAGUUUGUUCAGUUUGGUGCAGAUCAAGAUUGUCAUUGUGGUGCUGUUGGCUGCAGAAGAAAGCUGGGAGUAAGACCUACUAAACCAAAGACAUCUUCAGAAGCUGCAUUGAAACUUGUAGCAUGCCAGGUAGCUGUAUCAUCACCUAAGAUGAAAGCAUACUUGACUCGAAGAGAUGUUUACAAAAACGGAAAUUUGCACAUAGGAAGUUCAAAGCAGGCAUUUAACCAGCAAGCGGUGCACACCUAUAAUUGCAUUGGUGAGGUCAUUUGGAUUGCUCGCCCCAUCAGUGGAAGGUCUUUUGGUAUUAUAAAGAGGUUUGAUCAACAUUCCAGCAAACACUCUAUCAUGUUUGAAGACGGCAAGGUUGAAUUUAUUGACAUGUCAAAAGAGGAUUGGGAAUUUGCAAGGCCUGUGAUAGAGUUGUAGAGUACGAGUUCAGCAUUAGCGUGAGAACUGUGCAUCAAGAAAUUAGCAACAUGAAUGGGAAAGGAAUGCACUAUUCACUUACCUUUUGGGAAACUAAUCAAGAAUUGUCAGGUAGAUUGGGCAGCCAAAGGUUCGUCUCCCGGUUGUACUAAGCAAAACUUCUAAUGCUCGACUUAUUGAUAGCUCAAAUAUGAAAAACUAUAUCCCUUGCGGGAAAAAUACGAAGGAAGGAAAAGAUGAUUGUAUUUGUAUUAGAUUCUUACUCACAUAUUCUUGGUGAGAAUGGUGUAUGAUAUAUUAUACUGUUCUUUUACAUUGGAAAAAGAAUAAGGACUCAACCAAAAUUUGGCUUUGUUGCUUCA